UUCUCCUUUCCCCUUCCUCCCCUCCCUGGCCCGCCCUCUCCUUUCCCACCUGUCCUUCCUCUCUGCUUCUGGGGAGCCACCGUUUUGGAUUAGUUGGGUGCCACCCCGGGCGGCGGGGGCUGGGGCCCGUGGACUGCCCUCUCCCCCCGCCCCAGCCACACCACCACCCAGCACCAGAGCAUCUCUCUCCCGGUGUCCGGUGUCGUCCCUCGGCCUCGAGGGAGCCCAGCCCUCCGUCCCACCAGGAUCCGUGGCGAGUGGGGGCCGCGGCAGCUGCGUCCCCAUGAGGAGGGGAGGAAGAUGCCGGCUGAGCUGCUGCUGCUGCUGAUUGUCGCCUUUGCCAGCCCCAGCUGCCAGGUGCUCUCAUCACUGCGCAUGGCUGCAAUCCUGGACGACCAGACAGUGUGUGGCCGCGGCGAGCGUCUGGCCCUGGCCUUGGCCCGGGAGCAGAUCAACGGGAUCAUUGAAGUCCCUGCCAAGGCCCGAGUGGAAGUAGACAUCUUUGAGCUGCAGCGGGACAGCCAGUACGAGACCACGGACACCAUGUGUCAGAUCCUGCCCAAGGGGGUCGUGUCUGUCCUGGGGCCCUCCUCCAGCCCAGCCUCUGCUUCCACCGUGAGCCAUAUCUGUGGGGAGAAGGAGAUCCCCCACAUCAAGGUGGGUCCCGAGGAGACGCCCCGCCUUCAGUACCUUCGCUUCGCAUCUGUCAGCCUCUACCCCAGUAAUGAGGACGUCAGCCUGGCGGUCUCCCGAAUCCUCAAGUCCUUCAACUACCCCUCGGCCAGCCUCAUCUGCGCCAAGGCUGAGUGCCUGCUGCGACUGGAGGAACUGGUGCGUGGCUUCCUCAUCUCCAAGGAGACGCUGUCAGUGAGGAUGCUGGACGAUAGCCGGGACCCCACACCGCUGCUCAAGGAGAUCCGUGACGACAAGGUGUCCACCAUCAUCAUUGAUGCCAACGCGUCCAUCUCCCACCUCAUCCUGCGUAAGGCCUCAGAACUGGGAAUGACCUCAGCGUUUUACAAGUACAUCCUCACCACCAUGGACUUCCCCAUCCUUCAUCUGGACGGUAUCGUGGAAGACUCCUCCAACAUCCUGGGCUUCUCCAUGUUCAACACCUCCCACCCCUUCUACCCGGAGUUUGUGCGCAGCCUCAACAUGUCCUGGAGGGAGAACUGUGAAGCCAGCACCUACCCGGGCCCCGCGCUGUCAGCUGCCCUGAUGUUUGACGCUGUGCACGUGGUGGUGAGCGCCGUCCGGGAGCUGAACCGCAGCCAGGAGAUUGGGGUGAAGCCGCUGGCCUGUACGUCGGCCAACAUUUGGCCCCACGGGACCAGCCUCAUGAACUACCUGCGCAUGGUAGAGUAUGAUGGGCUGACCGGGCGAGUCGAGUUCAACAGCAAAGGGCAGAGGACCAACUACACCUUACGCGUCCUGGAGAAGUCCCGGCAGGGUCACCGUGAGAUCGGGGUGUGGUACUCUAACCGGACCCUGGCCAUGAAUGCCACCACUCUGGACAUCAACCUGUCGCAGACACUCGCCAACAAGACGCUGGUGGUCACGACCAUCCUGGAGAACCCGUACGUCAUGCGUCGGCCCAACUUCCAGGCCCUGUCUGGGAACGAGCGCUUUGAGGGCUUUUGCGUGGACAUGCUGCGGGAGCUGGCCGAGCUGCUGCGCUUCCGCUACCGCCUGCGGCUGGUGGAGGAUGGGCUGUACGGGGCACCCGAGCCCAACGGCUCCUGGACAGGCAUGGUUGGCGAGCUCAUCAACCGGAAGGCAGACCUGGCUGUGGCCGCGUUCACCAUCACGGCUGAGCGGGAGAAGGUCAUCGACUUCUCCAAACCCUUCAUGACCCUGGGGAUCAGCAUCCUCUACAGAGUGCACAUGGGCCGCAAGCCUGGCUACUUCUCCUUCCUGGACCCCUUCUCCCCUGCCGUGUGGCUCUUCAUGCUCCUCGCCUACCUGGCCGUCAGCUGCGUCCUGUUCCUGGCCGCCAGGCUGAGCCCCUAUGAGUGGUACAACCCGCACCCACCUGAGUGGUACAACCCGCACCCGUGCCUGCGGGCGCGCCCCCACAUCCUCGAGAACCAGUACACGCUGGGCAACAGCCUCUGGUUCCCCGUGGGGGGCUUCAUGCAGCAGGGCUCGGAGAUCAUGCCCCGGGCACUGUCCACGCGAUGCGUCAGCGGAGUCUGGUGGGCUUUCACCUUGAUCAUCAUCUCCUCCUACACGGCCAACCUGGCCGCCUUCCUCACGGUGCAGCGCAUGGAGGUGCCCGUAGAAUCCGCCGACGACCUGGCAGAUCAGACCAACAUCGAGUACGGCACCAUCCACGCCGGCUCCACCAUGACCUUCUUCCAGAACUCGCGCUACCAGACAUACCAGCGCAUGUGGAACUACAUGCAGUCCAAGCAGCCCAGCGUGUUCGUCAAGAGCACGGAAGAGGGCAUCGCUCGCGUCCUCAACUCCCGCUACGCCUUCCUGCUGGAGUCCACCAUGAACGAGUACCACCGGCGCCUCAACUGCAACCUCACCCAGAUCGGGGGCCUCCUCGACACCAAGGGCUAUGGCAUCGGCAUGCCGCUGGGCUCCCCAUUCCGGGACGAGAUCACACUGGCCAUCCUGCAGCUUCAGGAGAACAACCGGCUGGAGAUCCUGAAGCGCAAGUGGUGGGAGGGGGGCCGGUGCCCCAAGGAGGAGGACCACCGUGCUAAAGGCUUGGGGAUGGAGAACAUUGGUGGCAUUUUCGUUGUGCUCAUCUGUGGCCUAAUCAUUGCUGUCUUCGUGGCGGUCAUGGAGUUCAUCUGGUCCACGCGGAGGUCAGCAGAAUCUGAAGAGGUUACAGUACCUGCUCUGGCCCGCGGCCUCGCUGCAGUCUGUCCUCCAUCGCAGCUCAGCUCCAGAGUGACCCUGUGAAACGGCAGUCCUCUCCUAGAAGGCUCCAGGCUGUGGGCCUUGGCCCAGUCAGUCCCUCUGCACUUCCGACCUCACCUCCUCCCUCCCGCCCCCUCGCACCCAUAUCUCAGCCACCCGAUCCAUGCUUCUGUUCCUCCACCUUGCCAAGGGGCUCCCACCUCCACCCUUGCCCUGCUCUGCUGUCCACCCAAAUGCCCUCCACCCAGGUCUCCACAGGCCCUCCUCCCAGCGAGGUUGCCCUUGACUGUCCCAUCUCAAACUCGCAUUAACUCCCCACCUGCACCCCUGCCUCUCUUCCUGUUUUAUU